CCGUUCCAGGUGACUCCCAUUUCUACACUCAGCAGCGACCCGGAGCCUCGAGCUAGUCUGGAGCGCGCAACCAGCUGACGCAGCAACAGUCGGCGCUGGCUUUGGGGGUGCAGUUAGCGGUUUUGUAGAAACUGGGUGUGAGUCCCUCUUUAAGCCUUCACUGAUUAUUAUUAUUCACUAUGAAGAGAAUAAAAAGGCCCACAUCCUGACGUCCAAUUCUUGGUCAAUGACAGUCUGUCGCGGUGUCGGUGACUGACAUGGACGCUAGUGACAAUAAGGAUGUGAAGCUUUCAGCCGAAGUGGAACCGUUCAUCCCACAGAAGAACGGUCUUGAAGGAUCGAUAGUCAGCAUGAGUCUUUCUGGAGAUGCAGGCGGAGGGGGAGGUGGCGGAGGUAUCGGAGGAGGCGGUGGAGGGGUGGAAACCACUCCCAUACCCAGCUACCUCAUCACCUGCUACCCUUUCGUCCAGGAGAAUCAACCCAACAGACAACAUCCUAUGUAUAAUGGAGGGGAGCUGCGCUGGCAGCAGCCUAACCCCAGCCCCGGUGGUUCAUACCUGGCCUACCCCAUCAUGUCUUCACCCCAACCUCCCGUCUCCAAUGACUACACCUACUACCAGAUUAUGCCUGCUCCAUGCCCUCCGGUGAUGGGCUUCUACCAACCCUUCCCUGGCUCUUAUGCAAAUCCUGUGCAAGCUGGAGUGGUCAACCCUGUCUCAGCAGAUGUCAGUGAAAGACCACUGCCUCUGGGGCCAGCGUAUGGGAUGGCCAGUCAGAGGGGGAGAGGCAUGGUGCGUCCUAAUGUUCUCCCAAAGCAACAGUUGGGCGUGUGCCAACCUCUAAGGGGUCGUCGGCCUCCAACCAGGAGUGUAGCUGUGCAGAAGGAAGUGUGCACUUUGGGGCCUGAUGGUCGGACCAAGAUGGUCAUGCUGGUGGAUGCAGCACAGCAGACUGAUUUCCCAGGUGAAGUGUCAGGGAGAUGCGCUGCAGAGCAGGCUAGUCCCCUGCUGUGGAAGAACAAGACAAAGAGAAGACGGGCGUCCCAUCCGGCCGAAAACUUCAACGAGCAGGGCGCCAGUGAGGCCGAUAUAGACAGCGACAGCGGCUACUGCAGCCCCAAACACAACCAGGCUGCAGGCGCAGCGCAAAGAACUGCAGAGAAUACAGCAGCACCCACAGGAGUCGAGGCUGGUGUAAUGACAGCAGGUACCUGGGUAAAUGUAGCAUCUCAGGCCACCCCAAAGUCCUGGGGGGACAGGAACGGCCAGUUUCACAGAGCGGACCAGAGGAAGAAUCCUGAACAGAGAAACUUCUCACAGGAUUUCCACAGUGGCUAUCCAGGACGUGUGCCGCCCAGCCAGUCAGACCAAAGGCUGCAGCCAGCAGCGGUCACUGGUAAUGAGGUCUCCCCAGAGCCCCUCUACUUUGAGGAUGAAGAUGAAUUCCCAGAUCUGGCGAGAGGGGGGGCGGCCCAACGCAGCACCAAACCAGAAUCUACUUCAGCCCAGACACACGCGCAACCUAAACUUCCCAAACACCUGCUGGAUAACCUGCCAGAAAACUCCCCGAUCAACAUUGUGCAGACACCCAUCCCCAUUACCACCUCUGUUCCCAAGAGGGCCAAGAGCCAGAGGAAGAAGGCUCUGGCUGCUGCUCUGGCCACUGCACAGGAGUACUCUGAAAUCAGCAUGGAACAGAAGAAAUUACAGGAAGCAUUCACCAAAGCAGCGGGGAAGAAGAGCAAGACCUCUGUGGAGCUGGACCUGGGAGAUAUGCUGGCAGCGUUGGAGAAGCACCAGCAGGCUAUGAAGGCCAGACAACUCAACAAUACGAAGCCACUGUCAUUUACAGUUGGAACAACUACUCCAUUCCACGCUUCAGGCUUGGUCAGCCUGCCGUCCAUGUUGAAGGGUCAUCAGCAGCCAUACUCGGCCCCACACAAUUCCCUGGAUUCCACCGCACCUCGUAUCAAGAGAGGGAAGGAGAGAGAGAUCCCCAAAGUGAAGCGGCCCACAGCCCUGAAGAAGAUCAUCUUGAAGGAACGUGAAGGGAAGAAAGGGAAGACGAGUGUGGAACAGGAGUCUUCAGGCCAGGAGGAGCAUGGGGAGGAGAGUUUACAUUUUACUGAUGAUCUUGCACGAGAGCCUGCCUCCCAAGAAGACAAUGGUCUGAGUAUGCCCAGCGAUGCUUCCCUUUCCCCGGCCAGUCAGAACUCUCCGUAUAGCAUCACCCCCGUGUCCCAGGGUUCCCCUGCCAGCUCUGGCAUCGGGAGUCCCAUGGCCUCAAACGCCAUCACGAAGAUCCACAGCCGGCGUUUUAGAGAGUACUGUAACCAAGUGCUGAGUAAGGAGAUCGACGAGAGCGUGACCAUGCUGUUACAGGAACUGGUUCGCUUCCAGGAGCGGGUCUACCAGAAGGAUCCCACCAAGGCCAAAUCCAAACGCCGCCUGGUCAUGGGUCUCAGAGAGGUCACCAAGCACAUGAAGUUGAAUAAGAUUAAGUGUGUCAUCAUAUCUCCCAACUGUGAGAAGAUCCAAGCCAAAGGUGGUUUGGAUGAAGCUCUAUACAAUGUAAUUGCCAUGGCGCGGGAUCAGGAGAUCCCGUUUGUGUUUGCUUUGGGCAGAAAAGCUCUUGGACGCUGUGUCAACAAACUAGUGCCUGUUAGUGUGGUUGGCAUUUUCAACUAUUCUGGAGCUGAGAGUCUCUUCGACCGCCUGGUGUCUCUGACAGAAGAGGCUAGGAAGGCCUACAAGGACAUGGUGUCGGCUCUGGAGCAGGAACAGGCCGAGGAGGCUCAGAAGAAUGACAAGAAAGUCCCUCACCACAUGGGGCACUCCCGUAACCACUCUGCUGCAUCUGCCAUCUCCUUUUGCUCCAUCUUCUCUGAGCCUAUCUCAGAGGUCAAUGAAAAGGAGUACGAGACCAACUGGAGGAGUAUAGUGGAGACUUCAGAUGCCCUGGAGCCUGUAGAGGCUGAGCCGAGUCGCCCUGCACCUUCCACAGCCACCCAGAAAGACGGUGACACCGUGGCAGCCGCCACGCCUGGCGCCGCUGCUCCCCAGCCAGUCAGAGCAGCGCCGCCGACGCUGACACUGACGCAGGGUACCGGGGAGAGAGACGAGGUCCGGGUCGACGACCGGCUGGAGCUGGCCUCUCAGCAGAGCACAGAGACGGGCUCACUGGAUGGGAGCUGCAGGGGCCCGCUGAACUCCUCCAUCACCUCCACCACUUCCACCCUGGUCCCCGGGAUGCUGGAAGAGGCGGAGGAGGAGGAAGAGGAGGAGGAGGACUACACUCCUGAGCCCAUUUCUGUGGAGGUUCCUACCCUCAGCAGCCGCAUUGAAUCCUGGGUGUCAAAGACCCUGGAAAACCUGCAGCUGGGAAAGAGCCAGGAGAGUACAGAAGAAGAAGAGGAGGAGGAGGAGGAAGAUGAGGAGGAGGAGGAGGAGGAGAAAGGGCAUAGUGAAGAGGAGGAACUUGAUUCAGCGGAUAUCCCAGAGCCGAGGACCGAGGGCAAAGAGCAAGUGGAGGCUAAGAAGGUCACAGGUUGAUGUCUCCUCCUCCCUCUUCUGCUCUCACAUAUACUCAUUCCCUAUGUUGCUCUCACAUCCUUCUUCACAGCAACCAGCAGCUUCUCUCCUUUGUCUCCAACCCCUGACGCCACACAUAAUCUCAGGUAUCCAACCAACUGACCAACACUCACACACUACAGAGAAACUGACCAACUUACCAACACACAGCGUCGCAGACCAAACAACAACUAACACAGUCUGAGGGAGAGUCGUCGACCCCAACACUCGUCUUGCAAUUUAAUAGGACGCCCUCACUCCUUCGGCCCAUAACCUGCUACACUUGAAUUCAGAGGGAAGUGUGUGUGACUUUCCUCCUCCGAGGCUGAACUCGUUUAGAGUCGGGGACGUUUUCUGGGAGCAAGUGCUUAAAAUGGUGCACUGCUGUCUGUAGCUCACAGAGAAGGAAGGUUGGAACCUUUCAGCUCCCAUCUUAUUUCACACCGAGCUCAGAAGGUUUACAGCACUGCAAGUAUUUUUGUGUGCGUGUGUUUGUGUGCAUGUGUUUACGAGCACAUCAUUUGCAUUUAAUUUUUGCUGUGUUCUUUAGCUUUAUCUCUGUAAAUAAUGUUUUUUGCUCCAUGAGGGAAUGAGAGACAUGCAUUUCCUGAUUACUUCUUGGUUGAUAUUUAGCUUCUUUUUUUUUCUUCUUUUUUUUUUUUCACAGAGCAUUACAGUGUCAGGGGGGUUAUGUCUUUCUACCUAAACCACUCCCAGCCAUCAGUGUGUGUGUGUGUGUGUGUGUGUGUGUGUGUGUGUGUGUGUGUGUGUGUGUGUGUGUGUGUGUGUUAUUUUAAUGUUCAAAUAAUAAGUGUCCCAUUCUGUGUUCAGAUGAUUCAGAUGACUUUAACUUCUAAGAAGCCAAACACGCUUUGUGUAUAUAACCAUGUCUGUGUGGUUCUAUUACAGUAUAUAUUGGUUUGUCAUAUUGAUUCUGCCUUGUGUGAAACUAUUUUGGUUGUUUUCCUCUGACUGGAAUUGUCUUGAGUUCCAAGAUGUCUGUGCUUCAGAAAAAAAAAAGAAGAGAAAUGUUCCCGUUGUUCCCUCUGGUGGUGGUUGCUCUCUGAUGGGGAGGGCGGUCUCAAGCUGUCUCCUUGGUAAUGACCUCACAACAUCUAACAUUGAGAUGUGAGAUAGCAGAGCAUAGUUGUGUAAUGUAUGACAUGAAAUAAUCUCGGUACUGGAAAGUCAUUGUUUUACCAGUGUUCCCUCCUAUUUCCUUUUUAAAGAAAUUCUACUUAGAUCAAAUGAACCAAUAGGACAAGCAAGUGUUUACUGGGAUUAAUUAAGUUGAACAAUACCCAAGUUGACAAAGUAUCGGAUAUGGCUCGAACCUUUUUAGAAGCUCCUCUAGAUUUUACAGAGCAGCCUAAAGUCCGCGUUCACCACAGCUGAGAGUCGCCCUGGAAGUAGUCACACAAGUCGUGCACAAACCUUUUGUAAAUACAUGUGUACAAAAGAGAUUUUUGAUUUUUGAUUGUAUUAAAACCAAUACAAUCAUCCAGUUCUUAAAGCCAUUUGAUAAGUUUUAACAGUUUGAAGAUGGUUGAUUUGAUGGAGAGCAUUCAGCCCAUCGACGAGCAUUCGGGCUGUUUAAAUGCAGUAUGCCGGGCGGUAUGCAAUGUGAAGCCUUGAGAUGGGAGACGACGUGCGUCCCGAAUAUCACACUUGGGAUCAUGAAAGUAUUUCUAGUUUGGUAACGAGUACGCUGUGUGUCGGCUUUUGGUUGCUAUGACGUCCAUCAAAGUGUUUUUGAAGUUAAGUUACUUGACAGCAAGUGUGUUUCGUUGCACUAUGUAAAUACAGUACUGGUAAAAGGUCUUGUAACUAAUGUGAAAAAAAACAAAACAACGGUUCAAUGAAGUACUUUU